AUGACUUCCAUUUUGUGGCUCGCCCGCGUCCAAGUUCUUUGCCUCCGGCAGGCCCGCGUCCAAGUUCUUUGCCUCCGGCAGGCCCGCGUCAAGUUCUUGCCUCCGGCAGGCCCGCGUCAAGUUCUUUGCCCUCCGGCAGGCCCGCGUGUUCCUCCGGCAGGCCCGCGUCCAGUUCUUUGCCUGGCAGGCCCGCGUCCAAGUUCUUUGCCUCCGGCAGGCCCGCGUCCAAGUUCUUUGCCUCCGGCAGGCCCGCGUCCAAGUUCUUUGCCUCCGGCAGGCCCGCGUCAAGUUCUUUGCCUCCGGCAGGCCCGUCAAGUUCUUUGCCUCCGGCAGGCCCGCGUCAAGUUCUUUGCCUCCGGCAGGCCCGCGUCAAGUUCUUUUGCCUCCGGCAGGCCCGCGUCAAGUUCUUUGCCUCCGGCAGGCCCGCGUCAAGUUCUUUGCCUCCGGCAAGUUCUUUCCGGCAGGCCCGCGUCCAAGUUCUUUCCGGCAGGCCCGCGGCCCGCGCGUCAAGUUCUUUGCCUCCGGCAGGCCCGCGUCCAAGUUCUUUGCCUCCGGCAGGCCCGCGUCCAAGUUCUUUGCCUCCGGCAGGCCCGCGUCCAAGUUCUUUGCCUCCGGCAGGCCCGCGUCCAAGUUCUUUGCCUCCGGCAGGCCCGCGUCCGUUCUUUGCCUCCGGCAGGCCCGCGUCAAGUUCUUUGCCUCCGGCAGGCCCGCGUCAAGUUCUUUGCCUCCGGCAGGCCUUGCGUCCAGUUCUUUGCCUCCGGCAGGCCCGCGUCCAGUUCUUUGCCUCCGGCAGGCCCGCGUCGUCAAGCGUCCAGUUCUUUGCCUCCGGCAGGCCCGCGUCCAAGUUCUUGCCUCCGGCAGGCCGCGUCAAGUUCUUUGCCUCCGGCAGGCCCGCGUCCAAGUUCUUUGCCUCCGGCAGGCCCGCGUCCAAGUUCUUUGCCUCCGGCAGGCCCGCGUCCAAGUUCUUUGCCUCCGGCAGGCCCGCGUCCAAUAAAAAAAAAAUCUUUCUCACUCUCUUCUUUUCCUUCUGUCUCACUCUCUUCUUUUCCUUCUGUCUCACUCUCUUCUUUUCCUUCUGUCUCACUCUCUUCUUUUGUUUCUGUCUCACUCUCUUCUUUUGUUUCUGUCUCACUCUCUUCUUUUGUUUCUGUCUCACUCUCUUCUUUUGUUUCUGUCUCACUCUCUUCUUUUGUUUCUGUCUCACUCUCUUCUUUUGUUUCUGUCUCACUCUCUUCUUUUGUUUCUGUCUCACUCUCUUCUUUUGUUUCUGUCUCACUCUCUUCUUUUUGUUCUCUUCUUUUGUUUCUGUCUCACUCUCUUCUUUUGUUUCUGUCUCACUCUCUUCUUUUGUUUCUGUCUCACUCUCUUCUUUUGUUUCUGUCUCACUCUCUUCUUUUGUUUCUGUCUCACUCCUCUUUUUUGUUUCUGUCUCUCUCUUCUUUUGUUUCUGUCUCACUCUCUUCUUUUGUUUCUGUCUCACUCUCUUCUUCUUUUGUUUCUGUCUCACUCUCUUCUUUUGUUUUGUGUCUCACUCUCUUCUUUUGUUUCUGUCUCACUCUCUUCUUUUUGUUUUGUCUCACUCUCUUCUUUUGUUUCUGUCUCACUCUCUUUUUUUGUUUCUGUCUCACUCUCUUCUUUUUUUUGUUUCUGUCUCACUCUUCUUCUUCUUUUGUUUCUGUCUCUCUCUCUUCUUUUGUUUCUGUCUCACUCUCUUCUUUUGUUUCUGUCUCUCUCUUCUUUUGUUUCUCUUCUUCUUUUGUUUCUGUCUCACUCUCUUCUUUUGUUUCUGUCUCACUCUCUUCUUUUGUUUCUGUCUCACUCUCUUCUUUUGUUUCUGUCUCUCUCGACGAAAGAAGGCUUCAAGAACUUCAUUUGUCUAUUAUUGGUCCUCUUCCUUUUUAUAUCUCAUAUAUCAUUGGUUCUCCUCCCUUCCCACCCCAUAUAUCAUUGGUUCUCCUCGGUUCUCCUCCAUUCUCCUCCCUUCCCCCAUAUAUCAUUGGUUCUCCUCCCUUCCCCAUAUAUCAUUGGUUCUCCUCCUUCCCCCAUAUAUCAUUGGUUCUCCUCCCUUCCCCCCAUAUAUCAUUGGUUCUCCUCCCUUCCCCCCAUAUAUCAUUGGUUCCUCCUCCCUUCCCCCAUAUAUCAUUGGUUCUCCUCCUCCUUCACCCCCAUAUAUCAUUGGUUCUCCUCCUCCUUCACCCCCCCAUAUAUCAUUGGUUCUCCUCCUCCCUUCACCCCCCAUAUAUCAUUGGUUCUCCUCCUCCCUUCACCCCCAUAUAUCAUUGGUUCUCCUCCUCCCUUCACCCCCCAUAUAUCAUUGGUUCUCCUCCUCCCUUCCCCCCAUAUAUCAUUGGUUCUCCUCCUCCCUUCCCCCCCCAUAUAUCAUUGGUUCUCCUCCUCCCUUUCCCCCCCAUAUAUCAUUGGUUCUCCUCCUCCCUUCCCCCCCAUAUAUCAUUGGUUCUCCUCCUCCCUUCCCCCCAUAUAUCAUUGGUUCUCCUCCUCC